CCUACCCACCCCAUCACCCAUCUCUCGCUGUCCUCCGCUUGCGGAGCCGCUGCGCCGCUCCGUCCCUCCCUCCCCCGCCCCGGCCCUCCAAGCUUCCUCCUGUCUGUGCCAUGGAUGGCGUGGAUCUGACGAGCUUCUUUCUUCUGGUAUCACUAACGGGCCUUUUACCAUGAACAAUUCUACUCCAGCUACAGCUAAUGGGAAUGACAACAAGAAAUUUAAAGGAGACAGAUCUCCCUGCUCCCCUUCUCGUGUCCUUCAUCUGCGUAAAAUUCCAAAUGAUGUCACUGAAUCGGAAGUCAUUUCAUUAGGUCUCCCUUUUGGCAAAGUAACCAAUCUCUUGAUGCUGAAGGGAAAAAGUCAGGCUUUCUUGGAAAUGGCUUCUGAAGAAGCUGCUGUUACUAUGGUGAACUACUACACUCCUGUUACACCUCACCUCCGCAGUCAGCCUGUUUAUAUUCAGUAUUCCAAUCACAGAGAACUUAAGACUGACAAUCUACCUAACCAGGCUAGAGCUCAAGCUGCAUUGCAAGCAGUGAAUGCUGUGCAGUCUGGAAGCCUGGCCCUUACAGGUGCUCCUUCUACUGAGGGUGGGCUCCUUCCAGGCCAGAGUUCUGUUCUCCGAAUUGUUGUGGAAAACCUCUUCUAUCCAGUCACUUUAGAAGUGCUAUAUCAGAUUUUCUCCAAGUUUGGAACUGUCCUGAAGAUUAUCACCUUCACAAAGAACAAUCAGUUUCAGGCCUUGCUUCAGUAUGCUGAUCCAAUGAAUGCACAUUAUGCCAAAAUGGCUCUGGACGGCCAGAAUAUCUACAAUGCAUGCUGCACUCUCCGUAUUGAUUUCUCCAAGUUAACAAGCCUUAAUGUAAAAUACAACAAUGACAAAAGUAGAGAUUUCACUCGACUUGACCUUCCAUCUGGUGAUGGCCAGCCCUCCCUUGAUCCCACCAUGGCUGCCACUUUUGGUACCCCGGGUAUCAUCUCCUCACCAUAUGCAGGGGCUGCUGGAUUUGCCCCAGCCAUUGGUUUUCCUCAAGCUGCAGGUCUUUCAGUCCCAGCUGUUCCUGGAGCACUUGGUCCUCUUGCAAUCACCACCUCAGCAGUGACUGGACGAAUGGCUAUUCCUGGAGUUGCAGGAGUUCCAGGAAAUUCUGUUUUGCUUGUCAGCAACCUAAAUCCUGAUGCUGUCACACCACAUGGGCUCUUUAUCCUAUUCGGUGUUUAUGGUGAUGUACAUCGUGUGAAGAUAAUGUUUAACAAAAAAGAAAAUGCCUUGGUACAGAUGGCAGAUGCAACCCAAGCUCAACUAGCCAUGAGUCACUUGAAUGGGCAGAGACUGUAUGGAAAAAUGCUCCGUGCAACUCUUUCAAAGCAUCAGACAGUUCAGCUUCCUCGUGAGGGACAAGAGGACCAAGGCCUGACGAAAGACUACAGCAAUAGUCCUUUGCAUCGUUUCAAGAAGCCUGGCUCGAAGAACUUCCAAAACAUCUUUCCUCCGUCUGCCACUCUGCAUCUUUCCAACAUUCCACCUUCAGUUACUGUUGAUGAUCUGAAGAACCUCUUUGCAGGUACUGGAUGUACUGUGAAAGCCUUCAAAUUCUUCCAGAAAGAUCGUAAAAUGGCUCUCAUCCAAUUGGGCUCUGUGGAAGAAGCAAUUCAGGCUCUCAUUGAGCUUCAUAAUCACGACCUUGGAGAAAACCAUCACCUCAGAGUUUCUUUCUCCAAAUCUACAAUCUGACAUUUCUGUGAACUUUCCUUUUAAGACUGCACCACAGUUUCAGUAAAACCUUCAGACAGAGACUGAAGCAGCUACGACCAACUCUGCCUCUUAAGAAAGAAAAAAACAAAACUCACGCUGAGUUUGAUCAUGUGUACUCGUACACAUAGUAAAAAAUUCAAGGGAUGAUCUUUUCCAUUUUUUUUGCCAGUAUGUGGUCAAAUGUUUAAUACUCCUCCAUAAGCAGUUUCUUCUGUGGAAUUAAUCUUUAGCAACAAUACUUACAGUAAAACUCCCUAUUUUGAAUUAUAUUUCAGGAGCAUCCUUUUUGUUUUUGUUCCAAAUCAGCCUUACACAACGUUUCUUAAGGCUCUUUAAAUUAUACCAGGCCAAGAUUGUUUGUAAUGAAAUGCUAAAUCUACUAUAUUGGUUAAACACUAAUAUGAAUGUGAACUAGCACUUGGGUUUCUUAGUGAAAAGUCAGCCUUUACAAUGAAUGUUCAUUGAAAAAAAUAUAUAUUAUCAAAUAAUGGCCUUUAUUUUGGCAGAUCUGAAUUAACUCUUUUUGUUAAAUCAGCAACUUUUCACAGAGUUAAAAUUAUCGGAGGGAAGGCAGUGCCUUCUCUUUCCCUUAAUAAAAUCAAAGUAAAUUAAAUUAAUUGACAAACAAGAUCCUUUUGAGAUGUGGUAUCUGCCACUUGUAGCUUGGAAUUAAAUCAUGGAACAUCACAUUCAUAUUUUUUUCAUUUUUACUAUAACAUGAUGUUGUGUAAUACGACUUUGGAGAAAUUGAAAGGAGAAAAUAGUCCUGACUUCAAAUAGUUUUUUACAUUUCUUUUUAAAAAAUGUUUACAGUCUUAAGGAAAAUAUUCAGGUCUAUCAUGGUUUGACAAAUUUUUAAAAAGUUAUUUUUGGUAAGGUCUUCUUUUAAAAGAAAUUUAAACCUCAAGGGUUUUUUGUACCACUGUAAUCUCUAAUACUUAAAUCAGAAUGACUGUGUAUUUACUUAAUUUCUUAUUACGUGCCUUAUUAUGUGCUUAUAAUGAUACAAUAGCUUAGAGUUUUAUCUAAAGUAUCUUGAAAACUGUAUUGUGGGCUUGGUGAGAGAGUUUUCUUGAUCUAUUAGUUUUUUUUAAUGUUUUCAUUGUGAUUUUUAAUUUUUUUCAAUAAGUAAUAGUCAGAAUUCAAAUUUUCGGUGCUUUGGUGUAGAUUGGGGAGGUGGGAAUGAGGAUAACUAGUGCACAAUCCUGUAGGCCUCUUCACAUUUACCUGGGUGCAGUUGGCUGACACCAAUAUUGGCUGUAAAUGUUUCUGGAUUUUUUCCUAAUCUUUUGAGCCAUUGGCUCUCAAAAUAUUUUGUCUCAGGAUUCCUGUUUUUCCCCCUAUAUACUGAGCUCAAAGUACUAAAGAGUGAACUUGAUUUCCUACAUAAAUAUCAUGACUUCAAUACUGAAUGUCCACUUCUCUUAAGAGAGCAAGUUAAGAUGCAAUUACUAUUUUUGUUGAAUGUAGGUAUGAAUUUUAAAGUUAUUUCUGUGAUUGUGUUACAAAACGUUAAGUUUUUUUGGAAGGAAAUUUCCUUUUCUUGACGUUUAUGUCCACAUAAAUUUGAUCAAGAUUUUUUGAAGAGGUAUCCCUCUCAAACAUAACGGUUGUUUGUUUCUGCUUUUUAGAACUGCUUCAGAAAUAAUUGCAGCUGUAGAGCUUUUGCUAUAAUGGUUUGUUACUCAUUCACCUUGGUUUUUCAUUAAGCAUCUAUUUUCUUCCCAUACUCCUAGCUGUGGAUUAGCAUACUACGAGAAUCCUGUAAAGAUUGAACUCUCCUAGAAAAGGUGUCCGUCAACCUGAGUAACCAUUUUGAGACAGAAGUCAAAGAUAAUUUAUCUCAAAUAUUUCUGUAGAGCAGUAGGCUAAAGAGAAGGACACUAGCUUGCCUUUACUUACUUAAAUAUCUUUGUGAAGCACAGUACCUGAUGAUGAAGUUGGUAAAACUCCAUUUUCCUGCAAUGCACUCAUACCAUUUGAUAAAGCAUGCACACUAGGAAGUGUAUACACCAUGAAGAAACACCUAUAAAUAACUUUCCUUACUGAAAAGAGUAGUAUAAAAGGUGAUUUGUCAGCAUUUCAGAGUCUUUCUCCUUCCAUUUGUCCAAAUGGGUGAAAUCACCUGGGAAAAUUUCAAGCCAGUUUAUUCACGAAAAGUUUUAGGGUACCUUUGGUCCAUAACACUAUCUUAAGUUUUCGAAUUAGCAUUAUUUUAUCGUAAUGUAGUGUGCAGGACCCUUUAUUUGCAGAUGGGUCCUUAUUCAACAAGGAAGGUACUUACCAUAUAUUUUAAGCAUGUGUUAAUUGCCUUCCUGAUCCAGAACCAUAGUAAAAGUGCUUCCUUACUGCACUUAUUAAGAUGGUUGCAAAACUUAUUUGAAUUUUACCUGCAAACUUUGGCCAUGGGGAGGGUUUUGUUUGUUUUUUGUUUUUAAAGAAUUGCUGCUACAAAGGAGAUGAAUUGUAUUGGAGUUGAAUGUAAUUAUGAAGCAGGGAAAAGCAACCUUAAGUUUGAGAGUUAGUAUUGGCAUGUAUAAUAUCAAGUGAUAUGUGUAUACUGUGUGUAUAAUAUGCUGUAUGUGUGUACAAACAUACACAUUACAUGUAUUUUAAUUUAUUGAUUCUGAUAACAGAAGAUAGGGAUGUUUGAACUAAUUUAAACAGAUGAGGGAUUUUUGGUGUGAUGUUAAAAUGGGAGGAAGAACAAAUAUUUGAUUUGUUAACUUUAAAAAUGUAGCUACAUUUAGUAUAUGAAUAAUGUCAGUUCUGGACUAUUUACAGUUUGAAUUGUAGAGGCCUACAGUUUGUAUGUUGGCACAUAUUUCUAAGAUACUGUUUCUUUAAAAGAAUAAUUUGGGGUGGCAGAUAUUUCUAAUCUUCUGUGAGCUUUUUUUUUGUCACACAGUAUAUCUUCUAUCUUAUCCUGUGUUGUCUGUGUAAUUCAUUUUUUGCUAUUCGUUUGUAGUGAGUUACCCUGCUGAGUUUAUUUUACGUUUAUAUACUUUUGUAAGGAUGCCGUCUGCAUGUCUGUCUCUUAAGGAGUUGUCUGUUUUGACAAGAGGUGCGGACAUGCAACAACCUUCAAAAAUAGCAGUACAUUGUGUUUGCUUUUAAAAUGCUGGUUUAAGUGAAACUUAUAUCAAGUUUGGUUUGCGCCUAGUCCCUUUCUUAACAAAGUAGGAAUCAGGGCACAAACUUAUGCUUUGUGCUCUCUGGUAAGUGUCAGUAGCUGCAGAGAUCCCUUUGUGGUUGGGACCCUGACUCCACCAGAAGCAGCUCUGCUGGCAGAUACUGCACAUAUCUGUGUUUGCAGGAUCAAAGCUUCUGGAAGGACGUGGUCUUUAAAAUAUAGAUAUUUAGUUGCUUCUUUUUUAAUCCCUGGUAACGCAUGUAUUACCCAAUUCCAAUUCUAAUGCAGAAUGCUGGCGUGAGCUUAUUUCUGACUUGCAGGUACCAAAAAUGUUCAGAGGCAGAGGGUUUUUCUCCAUUUUGGCUGAAGCACGGGGGUUGUUUUGUUUUUGUUUGCUUUUUCAGUCAAGGCCACAUCACUGUUGGAGCUAAAUAACAAUUUCCUUCCCCCGGUCUUGAGUUUGGAGUGCUUAGCCUGUAACUUCUGCAAAUCCAGAUCAGCACUGGUAAACGUUUGCCCCCUUUCUUUCUUAUCCUAAGUGCAGCCACACUCUUUAAAGCUUUGUUCAUCUUGGAGCAACUGAAUUAGAGGUUGGAAGUGCCUUUCAUAGUGUCACAGGAUCCUCUGUAUAAUGGCACUUGAAUGGUUAUGAUUUCAUUUAGUGUCUAAUUUGGUAAAUUAACUGAACCUCACUGCAAAGCUCUGAAACUUUUAAACUACUUUUCAAACUUUUUUUUUCACUUAAUUUGAUUUUAUUGCCUUAUUUGUUCUAUCCAUUGCACUCUUCGUUGUGCACUUGAAAUACUGAAGCCCUUUCUGUGCCUUCUGAGGAGAGUUGCUUGUGUGGCAUUUCCUAACCACAGACUGAAAACAUCUGUAUGAGGGUGGGGGGAGUACUUGCCAUUUCUGGAAGAUGUGCCAUCAUGGAAACUGUGUGAUCAGUGAGUUUAUCCCCCUCUGCUACCAUUUAGCAUUUAGGUGGACAGAGAAGUAAGAAUGUGUGGAGCAUUUGUUUGAGUCACACACCUGAGUCUUAACUCUUAACCUCUGUCCCUAGAUACAUACUGAUAUGUACUGCUAUUUUUUAAACUAGAAAGAAAGGGUGCAACUUGAUUUAAAGCCAUUUUUGUUUGUCUUUUACUUUUUGUCUUGGUCUGUUGUUAAAUAGAGCAAAACUUUUACUAUUGUGCUGAGAGAAAACAGUUCAGAUUGUACUGUUUUUUCUGUGGUAUACAAGACUGUUCUCAAUCUUUUUUUUUUUUUUUCCCUGGAGAAAAUCUUAACCAUGAGAAGUUGUGAACUAUUUCAAGAAAUAAUUGAAAAUUUCUAAACUAUUUAAUUUCAGGGUUUUUGGAGGGAAAAAACCAAAACGGGACCAAAGUUUUAUGUGCCUUCAAUAGUCUUAAUUGUAGUUUUUUUCCUGUCUAUUGCAGUCUUAAGUAGAAUCAAUAUUCUUGUUUUCAGGAAAAUGUGUAUUUAUACAGUUAAAUGAAUGUUGAUCCACUGACUCUCCAUAUUUGCAGUGAAUUUUAACUUUUAGUAUGGUUUUAGUUAUCCCUUUGCCUUUACCAUUGCAAUAUUCAUUGUACUGCAUUAUGCAGAAAGCCAAGAAUAAUUCAUAUAUUGCUGGUUUCUGAUGAUUGACAGCUUGCAACUGUCAGAGUCCGCAAGAAGUGAGACACCUUGUAUUUGAUGGUCCUUGAUAAUAAAAGUGAAGGAAAGCUUGUACUUCAGUAGCCUGUCAGCGCUAUAAACAUUUUUUUCAGUUCUUGGAAACUCUGAAGCAUUUGAGUGGAAAUCUUACCACCUAUAUGCCUACAAUUAGUCUAAGCACAUUCUAGUUCUUCUAUUCUUUUGAUAAAUUACCCAGUUCCUGCAAAAGUUCAUCCCAGACCCACAGCAGCACAAGUCAUAAUGGUUGCUGACCAAGCAGAUUUUUACAUUAGAAUGUCACCUCAUUGCUCUGACCAAAGACUGUCUGUUCUGGUUUUACUGAGACAUCCUGUGAAAACUUGUUUUCUCUCAAGCUUCUCUCUGAAAGAAGACCCAGUGCAAAGUGGCCUUUUAUUUGACUCUACUAUGGGUGGAUGGAUCACUUAGUGGAAAAUGAGAUUUUAAUGUGAACCAAAUGGUGUGGGAUAAGGCAAGGGGUUAAUGGACUAUUUUUAGUACUGUAUUCGAGAAAAAAAUAGCACGGCUAGGAAUCACUGACAUUCCCUCAUUUUUCAUGAUCUGUUCAAAAAAGUCCCUUUUCAGUUUGUAAGAAUGUUCAUCUAACACGAGAAAUGCUGUAAAUAUUUGUAACAACAUUUUUUACCUGGCAAAAAGGUUUUUGGGAACAAGUUAAAGUAUAAAAUGGUUUUUAUAUAAAAACAUCAAUUGUCUUGUAUAUUUUGAUAAGCAACAGUACCAGCUUUCAUUUGUAAUGCAGUUUGUGGCAUUGGAGGAAAAGGAUUCCAUGUCUGUUAAGAUGACUUAUGUUAUAAAUGCAAAGAUGAUGAAAUAUUAAAGAAACUUAUUUUCUAA